AUGGCGGCCGCAGAUGUUCGCGAUAUGCUCGAUUUGCCCGCAGAUGGGCAACCCAGACCAGCCAAAAAACAGAAAGUUGUGGAGAAGCGACCUGAGGGUAUUACAAGAGAGCUAUACGCUUUAUUGGGAGAGCGCGCGCCUCCUAUAGCGUUGAACGAGAACAAGUAUAAAGGACGACGGAAAUGGAUGAGCAAGCUCAAAGUGCGGCCCUGGGAUAUUAUACCGUUCAAGAACGCCGCCCGAAAUGACGACCUUACGCUGAAGCACUGGCAAAGGAAACCGAUAGCUAAAAACCCACCACCAAACGAUGCACCGGCCCAGGAAGGCGCCUCGGAUAAAGCGAUGGAAGACACUUCUGCUACGCAAUCCGAAGAUAUGUCGUCCUUUGCCAAGUACAAUAUUAAAGCUCAACAUCCUCGAAGAUACACGGCCGAGGAAUACGACAAACUCUUGAAAAGUGAUAUAUGGAGUCGCGAGGAAACGGACUAUCUCAUGGACAUCGUCGAGGAGUUUGACUUGAGAUGGAUAGUAAUCGCCGAUCGAUAUGAGUUCUCUCUAAACAACUCUGCGGAAGCGGACGUUAAUUCCUCAACAGCGCUCGUCACCCCAGUUAAACGCCGAACGAUGGAAGAGAUGAAGUCGCGAUACUAUAAUGUUGCAGCCCACAUGCUAGCACUUGAACAUCCGCUUUCGGAAAUGUCAGAGGCGGAGUUUGAUAUCCAUGAAAAGAUGAUGAAAUUCAACCCUGAGCGGGAGAGGGCUCGAAAGGAGCUGGCCAACACCCAGCUGAACAGGACCAAGGAUGAAGUCAACGAAGAAGCGUUACUGCUUGAAGAAUUAAAGAGGAUCGUCGCUAACGAGAACCAAUUCAUCGACGAGAGAAAGGAGCUAUAUGCCCGACUUGAAGCCCCAGUCAGCACCGGCAAUACCGCCAUGUACCAAUCCAGUCAAGGCCUAUCCCAGCUUCUACAAUCUCUUCUACAGGCGGAUAAGAAUAAAAAGCGUCGCCCACUUCUCGGCCCAGAUACAGGCGUGUCGAGCCCUGUAGGAAGCAUCCCUCAAGGAGGAGCAUCAGCCCGCGAAAGCAGACCGGAAACCCCAGCCCCAGCCACAGGUGCUGGACAAAGUAACAACAAGAAAGGAGCAGCCGCCAACGCAGCAGCCCAACCAACAGUCAGAAACCUCACGCCAAGCGAAGAGAUCAAAUACGGCGUCUCACACCACGACCGUUUAACCUCCGGCGUCCAAUUCCGAAACGACAAGGCCCAAAAGCUCACCCAGGCCAAAUCCAACAUCCAGUCUCAGAAACUUGCCGCCGCCCUUACAGAGCUAGAUAUUCCACCGCGUCUAUUCAUGCCUACUGAAAAAGUAUGUAAGGAGUUCGAGAAACUGAUCCAUCAAGUCAAUUUACUUCUCGAUACACGCAAGUUUGCAGAGAAAGUUGAAGGGGAAAUCCGUGUUUUGGAAGCUGGCAAGCUGGAGAGAGAGAGGAGAGAAAAUGAGAAGGCUGGCAUCUCUACGGAGGAUAAUGACAAUGCUGACGGGGCUGGAAAUUCGGCCGCUGCUGCAGCGAACGCUGCGGAUGAAGCUGGGGCCGCGGACACCAAUGAAGGGGCUGACGGUGAAGCUAAAAAGGCGUCUCCGUCAGGGAAAUCUGCUUCUUUGAAAGUAGGGAAGGCUGCUGAUGGAGCUGAUGCGGCUAUAGCAUCGCCUACGAAGCUAGCUGGUGCUGCACAUAAACGCAGUGCCAGCGUUCUCAGUGUGGCUAGUGAUAAAGGCACUAAAAAGCAGAAGAGGUGA